AUGAUUAACCUCACGGAAAAAGAUGCUGGCUUGGCGGUUCUAGAGGGAUUAACGUCCAACGUGAAGCAAAUACAAGAUGCGGUGUUGAAAGAGAUACUAACAUGUGAUGCCAACACAGAGUACCUCCGAAGUUUUCUCCAUGGGAGUUCCGAUAAAGAGCUCUUCAAGAAGAAUGUUCCCAUAGGGACCUAUGAAGAUUUUAAGCCAUACAUUGAGCGUGUCGCGAACGGAGAGCCCUCAGAGAUCAUUUCGGGCAAGCCUAUCAUUGGAUUCAUGCUAACGUCUGGAACUUCAGGUGGAAAACAGAAGUUAAUACCUUUGAACAACAAGUACUUGGAGAACGCGAGACUGUUGUUUGAUCUUCGCUACCUCGUAUUAUCCACGCAUGUUGAUGGUCAUAACGAAGGAAAAGGGAUGCAGCUAAUAUUUCUUAAACCAGCCUCCAAAACUCCAUCUGGUUUGCCUGCUUCAUACGCUACUACGUAUUUCAUGAAAAGCGAUUAUUACGUUAAGAACCUACCAUCGUAUUGGGAUACUUCGAGCACAAGUCCCAGUGGAAUCAAAUUAUGUCCUGACAACAAGCAGAGCCUCUACUGUCAUCUUCUUUGUGGACUUGUCAUGAGAGAUGAAGUUACAAGAGUCUGUGCCAACUUCGCUUCAAUCUUGGUCCAAGGAAUCACUUUUCUUGAAAACUUUUGGAGAGAAAUGUGCAGUAACAUACGGUCAGGCCAGCUGAGUGAUUGGAUCACCGAUCUUAGCUGCAAGGACUCUGUUUCCAUGAUUCUUGGAGGACCUAAUCCUCGUUUGGCAUAUCUAAUAGAAGACAUAUGCGACCAAAAAUCAUGGAAAGGUAUAAUUCCACAGCUUUGGCCCAAAACCAAGUUUAUUGAAUGCAUCGUUACAGGACAGAUGGCUCAACAUGUUCCAAUAUUGGAGUUUUACGCCAAUGAUCUUCCUCUCGUUUCCCCAAACUAUGCAUCUUCUGAAGCCAUGUUUGGGGUAAAUUUGGAUCCUCUUUGCAAACCACAAGAUGUAUCCUACACAUUUAUGCCAAAUAUGUCAUACUUCGAGUUUCUACCGGUUGGUGAAGGGAACGACACAAUCGUUGAUCUUGCGAACGUAAAGUUAGAUCGCUACUAUGAACUUGUAGUCACCAAUUAUGCGGGUUUACACCGGUAUAGAGUGGGUGAUGUUCUACAAGUGACUGGGUUUUACAAUAGUGCACCACAGUUUAGAUUUGUACGAAGACAAAACGUGGUUUUAAGUGUUUAUUUGGAGGCAACAACGGAAGAAGACCUUCUAGAAGCAGUGACUCGUGCAACGCAGCUACUUAAGCCUUCAGGUUUAAUGCUAAGGGAUUUCACAUGCUAUCCUCAUAUCUCCGAAGCUCCAGGUCACUAUGUUCUUUACUGGGAACUCAAAGGUAACAACGAUGAUGGCAUCAAAGAGCUUGACAGCAAUAUGUUGGUGGAAUGUUGCUCGGUGGUAGAGGAAUCACUUGACGCCCUUUACAGGAGAUAUCGGAGCAAGGAAGGAUCAAUUGGAGCAUUAGAGAUAAGGAUUGUUCAGCAAGGAACGUUUGACUCUCUCAUGGAAUAUUUCAUUGCUCAAGGUGCUUCUCUAGCUCAAUACAAGACACCUAGAUGCCUGAAAUCUCCCGAGGCCUUACAAGUUCUUGAAAACAGGGUUCUUGCUUGUUUCUUUAGCGACAAGUUACCUCCGUGUUAA